GACCCCGGCGGCGCCGCCCGGUUCGGGUUUGACUGGUGGUGAGUCACCGGCCGCGGGUCCCUCCUUGGAAUGCGGCGGGGGAGCAGGAGCCGGGACUGUCCCCGCGAGGCCGGAGGGCGGCGGCGGGCCCAGACCCCGCCCUGAUGCCAGGGGACGCCAGAGCCCAGAGCGCCUGCUGAACCGCCGCGGGGCCUUGGCCCAGGACAAAGAUGUGGAAGGCUUCGGCGGGCCACGCUGUGGCCAUCCCGCAGGACGACGGGGAUGCCGAUGACUGGGAGACGGACCCCGACUUUGUGAACGACGUGAGCGAGAAGGAGCAGAGAUGGGGCGCCAAGACCGUGCAGGGCUCCGGGCACCAGGAGCACAUCAACAUCCACCAGCUCCGGGAGAACGUCUUCCAGGAGCACCAGAGCCUCAAGGAGAAGGAGCUGGAGGCGGGCCCCAAGGCCUCGCACGGCUACGGCGGCAAGUUCGGCGUGGAGCAGGGCCGCAUGGACAAGUCGGCCGUGGGCCACGAGUACCAGUCCCAGCUGUCCAAGCACUGCUCGCAGGUGGACUCCGUCCGUGGCUUCGGGGGCAAGUUCGGGGUCCAGGUGGACAGAGUGGACCAGUCGGCCGUGGGCUUCGAGUACCAGGGCAAGACGGAGAAGCACGCGUCCCAGAAAGACUAUUCCCGAGGGUUCGGGGGCAAGUACGGCAUCGACAAGGACAAGGUGGACAAGAGCGCGGUCGGCUUCGAGUACCAGGGCAAGACGGAGAAGCACGAGUCCCAGAAAGACUAUGUGAAGGGCUUUGGCGGGAAGUUUGGCGUGCAGACAGACAGACAGGACAAGUGUGCCCUUGGCUGGGACCACCAGGAGAAACCGCAGCUGCAUGAGUCCCAGAGAGACUAUUCCCGUGGCUUCGGCGGCAAGUACGGCGUGCAGAAGGACCGCAUGGACAAGAACGCCUCCACCUUCGAGGACGUGUCCAAGGUGUCGUCCACGUACCAGAAGACGGUGCCCGUGGAGGCAGCCAACGCCAAGACGAGCAACAUCAGGGCCAACUUUGAGAACCUGGCCAGGGAGAAGGAGCAGGAGGACAGGCGCAAGGCGGAGGCCGAGCGGGCACAGAGGAUGGCGAAGGAGCGGCAAGAACAGGAGGAGGCCCGCAGGCAGCUGGCCGAGCAGGCCCGCGCCCAGAAGCAGAGCCCCCCCGUGUCCCCCAGCCCGCAGCCGGCCCAGGAGCGGCCCCCGUCCAGCCCCGUCUACGAGGACGCCGUCCCGUUCAAGGCUUCUCCCGAGCCCGUGUACGCCGGGGCGGACGCCACCUACCAGGAGGCGGGCGGGCAGCAGGCCCUAGCCUACGCGGCCGAGGCCGUCUACGAGAGCGCCGAGGCCCCCGGCCACUACCCCGCAGAGGAGAACACCUAUGAUGAGUACGAGAAUGACCCGGGGGUCACGGCCAUCGCCCUGUACGACUACCAGGCCGCGGGCGACGACGAGAUCUCCUUCGACCCCGACGACGUCAUCACCAACAUCGAGAUGAUCGACGACGGCUGGUGGCGCGGGCUGUGCCGGGGCCGCUACGGGCUCUUCCCGGCCAACUACGUGGAGCUGCGCCAGUAGCGCCCGGCCCGGCCUGUGUCUCCCCCCUUCACUCCCGCCCCCGCACACGUGUGUGCGUGUGGCCCUGGGGCCAGGGGGGCCGCGAGGGAGGCGUGUCCCAGAGCCCCGGGACGGCCUGCAGGGGGCGCCUCGGGCCGUCCCCACACUCGCCCCUUGGAGGGGCUCUGCGCUUCCUGCCCAGUGACGGCGCAGCGCGACCAAGGCCACCGGGAGCGGCAUGGCGUCUGGACCGUUCCCGGGCCCAGGGCCGCUGGCGCCACCCCCGCCCCGCCCCCCGCGCGCCUGGCAGCCCCGCCCGGCACGGUUAGGCCGGGUUUUAUACGCAAUGAUCGAACCUACGUCCCCAUAGCACACCUCACAGCUAUGAUUUUUUUAAAUUAAAUACUCGGAAUAAACUUUUCCAUCCACUGUG